AUGAAGUUUCUUUCAUCAUUAAUCCUAAUUCCAAUUUUAACUUUUACUAUAUUAGAUAAAUUGUUUUAUACUUGGUUACCUUCAAAUUAUAUAUUUGAUCCAAAAACUUUACAAUUAUUAGUUAAUGAAACACUCGAGCAAUUUCCAAAUAAUAAUUCAACUGAAAUUAUGAUUCAAUUAACUUCUAAAUUACAAAAUCAAUAUUCUAAAAAUUUAAUUAAUGAUUUAUCAUUUGAUCAAGGUUGGGUAUAUAAUAAUGCUGGAGGUGCAAUGGGUACCAUGUUUAUAUUACACGCUUCAAUUUCUGAAUAUUUAAUCUUUUUUGGUACUGCAAUUGGUACUGAAGGUCAUACUGGAGUUCAUUUUGCUGAUGAUUAUUUUACAAUUUUAACUGGUCAACAAAAUGCUGCUUAUUCAGGUGCAUUAAAACCAGAAAUUUAUUAUCCAGGUGAUCAACAUCAUUUAAAAAAAGGUCAUGUUAAACAAUAUUCUAUGCCUAGUGAAUCAUUUGCUUUAGAAUUAGCUCAAGGUUGGAUUCCUGCAAUGUUACCUUUUGGAUUUUUAGAUACAAUUAGUUCUACUUUAGAUUUUCAAACUUUUUAUUAUACUGCAUUUUAUACUGGGAAAGAUAUGAUUAAAAACUUAUUAAAUGGUAAAUUUUAA